AUGAAAUCGGGAUAUUCUUUCUUGGCCGUUCUGUCAUCCCUAGCUGUGCACUCGGCUGCCCUCACAUUGGCAGCCGUGAAGCCUCCGGCUUUUUUCUUGGCCGGCGAUUCGACCACAGCUGUACAAUCAACUGGGGGUGGUGGCUGGGGAUCUGGCUUUCUCAACACCACGUUGAAGAACGGAGCGACUGGCAAGAACUUUGGGCACAAUGGCGCGACGACUGUGUCCUUCCGUGAGGGUGGGGAUUGGGCCAAUGUCCUGAAAGCGGCCAAAGCAGCAGUGCCAUCGUACGUGCCGUACGUGACUAUCCAGUUCGGUCACAACGAUCAGAAACCAGCAAAGAACAUCAGCAUGGCAGAGUUCACCGCGAACUUGGUCGCAUUCGUAAAGGAAGUGCGCGCCAUCCCCGCGACCCCAAUCUUGGUUACCAGCCUCAGUCGACGGAAAUUCAGCAGCAGCACCAACCAAGUCUCACUGAGCUUGGCCGAUGUCACCGCAGCUACCAAAGAUGCUGCUGCGAAGAGCGGUGCGGCGAUAAUCGAUCUGAACACUGCCAGCACAAACUACCUGAACAAGAUCGGAGCGACCAAUGCGGCAACGUACAACUUGAACGCAGAUGAUUUCACGCAUUUGAACGACGAAGGCAGUGUUGUUUUCGGGAACAUGGUUGCAAUGUUGAUUGAUGCAGAGAUUCCCUCUGUUCAAAAAUACGUCGUCCCUAGGGCAGACGUUGCGAAGGCAAUCAAAGACGGAAAAUAUAUCUUCACGUUGUAA